AAAAAAAAAAGAAUGCAGGGCACCAUACCAUCCUGUCUUAGAUUUUACUUUUGAAGAAAAGGGAGUUAACGCCAAAAAGAAUUUUGGAAAUUUUAUGAGUAUUUCUUGAUCUAUAUUAUGGUCCAUGAAGAAAAUUGUUUCCUUGUUUUAUAUUAGAUUAUUGCUUCUCAUAGACAGGUGGGUUUAUUAGAUAUCAUAUUUGAAGUAUGAAACAAUAUUGAGUGGCAAAUCGUUUACUUGCUAUCAAGAAAUAUAGUGCUGCUUAUCAAUAAUUUGGGUUUGGCUCUCCUAUUGUUUCUUGUUUAUUUCUUUUAACAAUUCAACAUAGCUUCAUCUCUUUGGCUAAUGGCCUCAUUGGGAUUGGGUUGCAUUUUGCAUAUAGCUUUUCAUGUUCUUUCAAUCUUAACCCUUCUCUUCUCUCACUUGCACUUUUUCCUUUUCUCUCCUUGAGAAACAGAUUUUCAGUAUUGAUAUUUCUGUUCAGGUUUUUUCAUUUGAUAGUCCUUUCUGUAUAUUCUUCAGUUAGAUCUUUUAGUGCUUGCCCAAAUUAUUAUUCCCUUUUUCUUUCUCUAUUUUUGAAUAUUGCAAUUGAGAUUGUGAGUGAGCAUUAGGAUUACUUAGUUCUAGAUAUUGUAACAUUAUGUUAGGAAUUUGUAUAAGCAAAUUAAUAAAUUUUAUUUCAAUAGAAUUAUGAUUUAUAAAUUUUAUUAAAACUUCAAUCCUAUUUUAAAUUGAUCACCUAGUAAAAAUUGAUCACCUAGUUAAUAGCUUAUAGGACUAUCAUAUUGUUCGUUAAAAAAAAAAAUGGCUACAAAAGUUAGUAUAGCUAAGUAAAAGUUUUCUAUGCUGUCAAUAGCUUAGUAGUAUCAUAUCAGUUAUUAAAAAAUAAUUGUACAAAAAUUAGUGAUCCUAACUUUAUUGAAAUAAAAUGAGGUGAUUUUUCUAAUAUUGAUUGUAAUUUAGUGAUUCUAAUCAUGUUAAAUUCAAUGACUAUAGCUGAAAAACUAACUCAUAAAUUAGGUGACAAAAUUCAUAUUCAAGGACAACUAAUGUUUGAUAGCGUGACAUCUUGAAAUGUAAAUCUACAAUAUUUCAUUAAUUGAAAGUGAAUAUGAAAUUUAUUAUUUUCUAUAAUUAAAAUAUUAAAUGAGCAAAAUAUACUAUCAAAGUAGUUCUUAAUAGACAAUUGGGAAAAACACUACAUAUAAUUUUGGAAUAGUAUAUAGAAUACAAAUUUUAACAAUAUUGACUAAUUGGUAAACUUGAUUGUUCAAUUUGAAUGAUAAUGUUAAAUCUUUAUAUAUAUGCGUGUGUGCGCAUUCGUGUGUGCAUGUGUGCAUGUGCGCGAGCGUGAGUGCAUGUGAGUGUGUGGGUAGAUGGGUGUGUGCCUCUGUGCAUGUGUGCGAGUCUGUGUGUGUGUGUCUCUCUCUCUAUGUAUGUGUGUGUGUGUGUGUGUGUGUGUGUGUGUAUACACGUGUCUCUUGGUUAGUCAUCCGUUUAAAACCUAAUCUUGGCCCAACCUCCGGGCAUUAUUACUGGAACAAUUGAAGGAACUUGGGCUUCACUAUAUGUAAUAAUAAUAAUAUGCAGGAAAGAUUUUACUUGAACCUGCUUUAAUAGUGUACCUAAAGCCUCAAAUUUAUUUCUCAGAGUGCAACUCAUGGCCUCACCAGACUGAAAAUAUAUGUUUUGAUAACAUCAAUGUUUUCAACUAUACUACUAUUAUAGAUUUCUAAAUUGGUUUUUCAAGAGGGGAAACAAAAAGGAAAUAUCACAUUGACACAAACAACUGGUAACCUCUAGAAGCAAAUGAGGGUUUCAUUCCUCUGCCAUAUGGUGCCAUUUUAUACUGCAGCAGUCCACUUGGUGGAUGGCAAAGAAUAGUGGUCCUCUUUUGCUAAUGUUGUUUUAUUACUGUUUGUAGCAGCAUUUAUCUGGUACCUUUUUUUUCCUUUUUUCUCUUCAUACUAUCUCUUGUAACAUGAUUUUAUAGAUUGAAGCAUACAACACUGAGAGAGCAUUAUGCAAGAUCAAGCACCUGUCUACGUCUGUUGCUGAACAUGUUAGUGUAGCUGGAGGUGAUGUAAGAGAGCAUGAACACAAAUCUCUCAUGUGCAAGGGAAUUAUUGAGUUGUCAAGGCACCAAAUAGAGAAAUUGAAUAUAGAAUCUGAGGAAAGCAGCAUGAAAAAUAAUGACACUGAUAAUGGUCUCAGGUCAUCUCAACAAGGUCGAACCACUUGCAGAUCAGGCAAUGCUACAAAUUUUCUGGGGGCCCCCUCAAGCUGGGAUCCUUAUUCAAAGGGCAUUGAUUUGGAAUCCUUGAAAGCUUCUCUAGGCUCACGGGGAAAAGCAACACCUAUUAAACAAAAAAUAGGUGAGCAAAAGAUCUCUCAAGCUGACCAAGAGAAAGCUCCUGAAGAUACCAAGCCAACUGCUUCAGUUACUGAUGCUUCAGAAACUGGGCUUCAAAUGAGUGGAGCAAAGACAUUGCAAGAUGCUAUAAAGCCAAAGGACAAGAGGAGAAAAAGGACGUCCGCCAGCAUGGAUGCAAGUUAGAUGAACUUUCUGGCCUAAGAAAUAUCUUCAGUCUUCAUCUCAUAUAUCAGAUGCUUGAGGUCUGGGUUUCUUCUAUUCGCAUUUGUUCAGUUGGAGGGCAGAUGGUGUUAGAAACUUUAUUCUUUCUCACAGGUGGGUGACACAGAGGGUUAAUAGCUGCCAGAGUAAGCUGAAGUGAAACCAAAAAGAUACUCUCACGCUCAACAUUUGGUAUUGUUGCCUACUAAGGUGUAAGGUAUGUCAUAUGCGCCACAUGGAUAUUGAUACAUUUGGCAUUGCACUGCUCAAGUUGCAUCUCCUGAGUUACGUUUGUAUAGAAUUUAGAUCGGUUAACGUGCUAGAGAUUAAGCUUGACUACAUGGUUGUUAAUGAUCCAUUAACUCCAUGUGAUUAAGCUCAAUUUUGUAUUCUAGCAUCUUUAAGCUUUUUUUCACUUUCCUUUAUAUGAACUUAAAGCUCGAAUAUACACAAGCUAUAGAACAAAAGAGAUAACCAUUGUUUUAGGAUAUUUAAUGAAUUGUAAAAAAUGUUGUUUCUUUGAGAAAUUGACAACUAGUUAUUUUCUAAACAGUGUCAGAUGAGGCCUGUUAAAAAAGCAAGUAGUGUGCAUUACAGGUCAAGUGCAUCAAUGGCCUUUCUUGGCUUCUAUUGUUAUUAUUUACUAUGUGAUUGGCAAUAACAUUUCCUUGUUUGUAUUAGCAAA